AGCGCCAAGAAGACUGAGAGAAACCAGUCAAAUGAAGACCACCAGCUCUGGUUUGUAGUUUCUGGCUAAAUGUUUCUUUUUCCUGAUACUGGUGAUGGAAAACCGAAGCAAAAUCAGUGACCUGCUUCAAAGUGCCCUUGACAACCUUCUUCAGGAAGACUUCAAAAGAUUUAAAGACAAACUAUCACACUUUGACUUUGAGGAGAAAGGUACCAUCCCUCGAGGUCAGCUGGAGAAUGCCGACAGGACAGAUACGAAGAACCUCCUGAUGAAAUUCUAUGGUGGAGACGCUGCAGUAAAUGUAACCAUAGACGUUUUCACUCAGAUCAACCUCCGAGAUUCUGCUGCAAAACUCAGAGAAGAAAGAGAGAAGGAUUUGCAUUUGAAUCAAAAACAGUCAGAGGCUUCAGCAGAAGAUUUCAGGGUGAAGUACAGAGAAUAUGUACAAAAAAAGUAUCAAGUAAUAAAAGAUAGGAACGCUCAUCUUGGUGAGAAUGUGAAGCUAAACAGCAGAUACACAAAGCUGAUUAUUGUUGAUAGUCAUGGUUAUGAAAAAAACCGAGAACAUGAAAUAAUAGCCACAGGUUGGAAACAUACAGAAGCCAUGACUGAGCGAGCUAGUUCUGUGAUUACCAUGGGUACUUUAUUUAAACCUUACAAAGAUGGGCAAACACCACAGAUUGUUGUACUGGUGGGAGCUGCAGGGAUUGGAAAAACAAUUACUUCAAAAAAGAUCAUGUUGGACUGGGCAGCUGGGGAACUUUAUAAGGAAAUGUUUGAUUAUGUCUUCUACAUAAAUUGUAGGGAGAUGAACCUUCUUACUAAGGAAGUAAGUGUGGCUGAUAUGAUUUUAAAACAUUGUCCUAAUAAUAAGACAUCAAUUAAUCACAUUCUCGGACAAUCAGAUAAACUCCUGUUCAUAAUUGAUGGAUUUGAUGAACUGAGAUUUUCCUUUGAUCAGUCAGAAGAUAACCUGUGCUCUGAGCCCUGGGAGAAAAAGCCAGUGGAAAUUAUACUGAGCAGUUUAUUUAGGAAAACAGUUCUUCCUGAAUCCUACUUACUGAUCACUACAAGACCAGCUGCUCUGGAGAAACUGGGGAGGUGUGAACGUUACGCAGAGAUCCUGGGGUUUUCUGAAGCUGACAGGAAAGAGUAUUUCCAUAAGUUCUUUGGAAAUGAGAAACAAGCAAGACAAGCUUAUAGAUUUGUGAGAGAGAAUGAAAUUCUCUUCACCAUGUGCUUUGUCCCCAUCAUGUGUUGGAUCAUCUGCACGGUUCUGAAACAACAGCUUGAAAAAGGUGAGGAUCUUGCACAAGCUUCCAAAACAACCACUGGAAUGUAUGUGCUCUAUCUUUCCAGUUUAGUUAACCCUCCUGGAAGCAAUUCAAAGCCAUGUAAGAAAGCUAGUUUGAGAGGACUUUGCUCUUUGUCUGCUGAUGGAAUCUGGAAGCAAAAGAUACUGUUUGAGGAAGAAGAAAUCAAAAUGUUGGGCUUAGAUCAGGCAGGUGCUCUCCCUCUCUUUUUGAACGAAAACAUUUUUCAAAAGGAUAUUGACACUGAAUGUCUCUACAGCUUCAUUCACUUAAGCUUUCAGGAGUUUUUUGCAGCCUUGUUUUAUGUGCUGGAGGAAGAUGAAACAAUGGAAGAUUCAGGGACUCCCAAGAAAGAUGUGAAAACAUUAUUAGAAAACUAUGGAAACUCUAGAAAUUACUUAAUGUUAACAGUGCGAUUCCUGUAUGGUCUCUUAAAUGAAAAAAGUAUCAAGGACAUGGAGGAAAAAUUUGGGUGUAAAAUUUCACCUAAAAUUAAGUUAGAUUUAAUUAAGUGGAUUCAAACAUAUAAACAAACAGUGCUAUCUGUGCCAUCUGUGUAUGAUAAAAUCAUUUGUCAGCUUGAGGAGUUUCGCUGUUUGUAUGAGAUCCAAGAUGAAAAUUUUAUGAAAAAUGCAUUGGAGCCUUUCACUAAAAUAGUGAUAUGUCGAAAUAAUCUUACUCCAAUGGAUCAAAUAGUUCUUUCAUUUUGUGUAAGCAAUUGCCAUAGACUGGUGUCUCUUGAGAUGUAUGCCUGCACAUUCAGAUUUGAAGACCGUAAGAAAGAAGUACCACAAAGACAUGAAGAAUUAGAUCACCUGAGGUCUUGCAAACUCACAGCGGAUUGUUGUGGGGACCUCUCCUCUGUUCUCAGCACUAACCAGUUCCUGACAGACCUGGACCUGACUGCUAAUGAAGUGAGAAAUACAGGAGUGCAGCUCCUGCGUGAGGGACUGAAACAUCAAAACUGCAAACUGCAGAGACUGAGCUUGAAGAGCUGCAACAUCUCAGAUGAUGACUGUACAGAUCUUGCUGCUGCUCUCAGAACCAGCCAGAGCCUGACCGAGCUGGAUCUAAAUUUUAAUCAUUAUCUGAGAGAUUCUGUAGUGCAGUUGUUGUGUGAGGGACUGAUACAGCCAACCUGCAAAUUACAGAGUCUGAAGUUAAAUUAUUGCAAUAUCACACACGUUAGCUGUAAGGAUCUUGCAGCUGUUCUCAAAACCAGCCAGAGACUGAUAGAGCUGGAUAUGGGCACUAAUGAACUGCAAGAAGCUGGAGUGCAGCUUCUCUGUGAGGCACUGAAACAUCCAAACUGCAGACUGCAGAGACUGGGGUUGGGGUUGUGCAGACUCACAGCUGCUUGUUGUGGGGAUCUCUCCUCUGCUCUUAGCACCAGCCAGACCCUGGUAGAGCUGAAUCUCCAGGAUAACAGACUGGAAGAUUCCGGGGUGCAGCUGCCGUGUGAGGCACUGAAACAUCCAAACUGCAAACUGCAGAAAAUAAAGUUGCGGGAUUGCCAUCUCACAGAUGUUUGUUGUGGGGACCUCUCCUCGUUUCUUAGCACCAGCCAGACCCUGUCUGAGCUGAACCUGAAACAUAAUAAACUGGAGGAUUCAGGAGUGCAGCUGUUGUGUGAGGGACUGAAACAUCCACGCUGCAAACUGCAGAAACUAAAAUUGGCGAAUUGUGAUCUCACAGCUGCUUGUUGUGGGGAUCUCUCCUCUGUUCUUAGCACCAGACAGACCCUGACAGAGUUGGACCUGAGGAACAACAAACUGGAAGAUUCAGGAAUGAGGCUGCUGUGUGAGGGACUGAAACAUCCAAACUGCAAACUGCAGAAUCUAAGAUUAAGUCGUGUGAUUUCACAGUUGCUUGUUGUGGGGAGCUCUUUUCUGCUCUUGGUUCAAACCGGGCCCUGAGAGAACUGGAUGUAUGUGAGAACAAACUGGAAGAUUCAGGGGUGAAGCAGUUGUGCGAAGGACUGAAACAUCGAAACUGCAAAGUGCAGAAAUUGUGCUUGUCUGUCAAUCAUAUAAAUGAAAAUACAACAAAGGAUUUGAAAGUUUUGCAGAAGAAAAAACCUGAUCUGUUGAUAGUGCAUGAUAGAGAAAUCAACGAUUGGACCCUAAAUACACAGACAAGCAGGCCUGUGUUUCCUCUACAUCCUCAGCAUACAUUCAUUUGUAAAUUGUCUUGUAGUGCAGCAAUGAUGUGGAAUAUUUUUGAGAGUCACUGGCUGGUUUCUGGAUUUGUCCUGCUGUUAAGCAUUGUUGUAUACUGUUUUCUCUGGUUGAUGAAUAUAUAAGUAGCUGAAA